AUGCUCCCGAACCUCUUGCUGAACUCUUGGAGAUCAGUCAGACCCCGCCUCACGAGUGGACACCUGACUCUCAGUAGUCGCUGGGGUGCAGUGAGUGACAAGCUCUUCUCGAGCAGCGCCAAGAUCAUCGAUGUCGAUGGUGACAAGCCGAUCGAGCCGAAGCAGGCAGAGGGGCAUCUGAUAUAUCCAGAGCGCGCAAAAAACCUCUUGUUUGCCAACAAGAGGUUUCAGGUGCAAAGUUACCAAAGAUUGCCGGAUGAUAAGAACGAUGGUUCUAGCAUCUUCUCGGAUCCCAACUCGCCAGUGAUGGGGAAGUGGGACAAUGCCUCGAGGAGCUUGAUCAUGUUCCUCGAGAAGAACAAGACAAGUCAUAUGAAGCACUGGGAGAAUAUCUCCAAGAUUGCUUCUGCUUCCGUCGCCACGGGACACAUCGAUCCUCCACGGCUCACUCCGGUGUUCAAGCAUCUCGAACUUCUUCCGCCAACGGUGAGGCUCGUGGGUGACCUCGUGCUGUACCAAGGCAUCGGGCGCGACGAUCACUUGAAAGAUCUUGGGUUCAAGGAAGAUGAUGGCCAUCUCAUGUGCCUGGAGACACAUGGCGUGCUCUUCAUCGACAUCUUCAACAAGAGAGAAAACAUCGCGAUGCGCGACUUUUCCGCAGCCUACGUGGACCCUCUCAGCGCUUGUCAGCAUGAGAUCCUCCACAUCGGCAACACCAAGUACUUCGACUACCUUCCACAGUUCUGCAGAGAUUUCUUAGGGGUGCCCGUUGAGAUCGCGUUCAUGUAUGCGGCUGACAGGACCGGAUUCAGUCUCUUCGGGCUGCAGGACGGAACUGAUGAUCGCUGGGGAGAGUACAGGUUUCCUUUCACCAAAGAGACCAAUACGCAGGAGGACUUCUUCCUCAUGAUUGACACCAUGAUCGCCGAGGUUGAGGAAGCAAAGAAGACUCAAGUCGAUGGAAAGCAGUAG